CGGGUGGGUCUGGGUGCCCGCGGGUGCCUCGGGCCGGCGCUGCCCGCGGCCGGAGCGAAGCGGGAGCGGGAGCCGCCGCCGCGCCUCGGCCGGGAGCCGGACUAGGCAGCUUUGCUAUGCUUGAAGAAUUCUAAUAUGUAGAAGCUGUAUAAUUUUCCUCCUCCAAAGUUGUGCUGGGUAUAACAUAAUUAGAAUUUUAGUACAGCAUGUCCUACUGAACCUGGCCACUGUCAGUGAUGGCAAAGCUCCCAGGUGCUGCCCUGUGUACUGCCUGGGUCCUUUUCUUCUCGUUUACAACAAAUGAAGUUAUGGCUGCAGGACGUGUAGAGGAAUUUGCUUGCUUCACUGACUAUGACAAAGAGCUCACUUGUCACUGGAAGGUACCUGCACAAACAAAUUGCUCCAAAGAAUUCCUGCUCCACUACAGAAAAGAAUUUCUUUCUCCACCAAUGAAUGUGUGUGUCCCUGAGAAUGGAAAAGACAGUUUAAGGUGCACUUGCACAAUACAUCCAGAUUAUUUUGUGUCAGGCCUCAUGUAUAUUCUAGCUCUGCAGUUCAAUGGGACUGAUACAUGGAAUUACAGUGUUAGACCAGCCCUGGUAGUUAAGCCAAGGGCCCCCAAAAAUCUUGCCGUUGAGAAAGCUGAAAAUGGUAAUUUCAAUCUGAGUUGGGAGGAGAGCUACACUUACCCAUCCAUGCUUUCUGGACAGCCAGUCAUCUAUGAAGUGAAAUACUGGAGGAAGCAGCACCCAGCAGAGGUUUCUGUAAAAACAAUCAACUACCAGGCAAAAAGCAUUGAAAUUGUUGCAAGCUCCUUGAAGAGAGGCUAUGAUUACAUUGCAAGUGUGAGGUGUAACUACACAAACUACCCGGCCUACUGGAGUGAAUGGAGUGAAGAAGUUGAAUUUCACAGUGAUUACCAGGUAGCAGCUGAAGACGUUCUGCAGCUGGCUGUUCCCAUGUCCUGCGUACUGAUCAUGGCAGUGUCUGUAAUUUGUUACUUCUGUUUUGCCAAAGUGAAGAAAGAAUGGUGGGAUCAAAUCCCAGAUCCAGCGAAGAGCCAUUUGGUCGUAAAAAAUGUCAAGUUUUCAGUUUUGUGCUACAUUGAUGACAUUAAGCUCCCUUUCCAUGAGUUAAAGCGGAGUCAUAUGGAAAACCAAAUAAGUUGCAAGAACUGUCUGGAUCAGAGUUUGUCAAGCCAAAACUUCAAGGGAAAAGGACACCCAGUCAGAACCAACAUGAGAAACAAACUGUGGCUCCAGAGCAUUUCCUUCUUCGUCUUAUUCCAGUACAUUACGUGUUUUGAGAACCUCACUUGUUUUGUGGACUAUGUGCAGACCCUGUCCUGUAUCCUGAGCAAUGACUUGGGUGCUGGUUCCUAUCACCUCACUGCAACAUGGUUUCCUGAGGAAGAUCCAGAAAAUACUGUGGCUGCCUGCAGUCUCCUGCAAUUGCCCAGGAACACCAGUCACACACAGUACAUGUGCACUGUGGACAUGACUGUACUCCUGGCAGAUAUCAAAGUCCAGGUGGAUGUUACAGAGAUGGUUAGCAAGCAGCGCCUGAUUUCCAAAAGCUUUUAUAUGGCAGAGAACAUCAAACCACAGCCCCCAUUCAACCUGACUGCUGUGUUCUCAGAAGGUUACAAUAUUUCUUGGGAAACCAUCUACCAGAACUCUCAUUACUAUUUUUUGAAUGAGGAGCUGGAAUAUCAGCUACGUUAUAAGAGAAGGACCGACACCUGGGAGAAUCAGAAGACUAAAGCUGUCCAUGAAGAUAAACGGACACUGGUGAUCCUGCCAUGGGAACUCCAGGUGAACACUGAAUAUGAGUUCCAAGUGAGAGCCAGACCACGAGAAGGCACUGGCUUCCUUGGAUUUUGGAGUGAAUGGAGUCCUCUGCUGAAACUGAAAACCAGGCCUGCCGCAGUGACACAGGCAUCAGGCGUGGAAUGGCUGCUGCUGUUUGGUGGGGUCGUGGCAAUCACUGUCUCAAUCACAACCUUUCUGGCCAAACAAAGAAGCUUGUGGAAGAAGAUGGCUUGCAUCAUCCCAGACCCUGCUCACUUUUUCAAACCUCUUUACCUGGUGCAUAAUGGAGAUUUCAAGAUACUGUCUGGAAUGGGAGGACAUGUGUGGCAGCUGGGCCUCCAGCUGUGCAUUACUGCCGUGCUGCUCUUUGGUGGAGGAAGAGGGGGAGAGUUCCCGGGCAGCCUGAGCUGCCUGAAUAACUACGUGACUACUGUGAGCUGCACCUGGGCAACAGAGGAGCCCGUGGGCGACGGACCGUUCUACCUGCACUUCACCAACCUCUGGUCAAAGGGACACAAUGCCAGCUGCAAACUGAAUGCCCGAGGAAGAAUGCAGAAUCAGUACCACUGCACAAUCCAGUUAGCCAGCCAGAUCUUGGAAGAAGAUGGUUACAGAGUCUCUCUCCAAGGCAACUUCUUUGGAUGCAAUCACACAUACGUUGCCUUUCCAGAGUACAGUCCCCGCGAGCACAUAAAACUUGACCCACCUUUGAACAUCCAGAGCAACAUCACUGCCAGCAAGUGUCAGAUAUCUUGGAGUGUACCUUGGUAUCUCAUUGAAAUUCUUCAAUAUGAGUUGCAGUUUAAGGAGUCCAGCAUGUCCUGGCAGGUUGCAUUGAACAAGACUCUGACCAGUUCACUGCCACGGGUAGAAAUAGAAGCCUCAGAGCUUCGCCGUGGCGUUGCCUACAUUGCACGAGUUCGCUGCAAAGUCUCUGAAAAUGAGGAUUCAUACCAUAGUCAGUGGAGUGAGUGGAGCCAGACAACAGUGUUCCAAAGAGCAGGUGAACUGAAACUGUCUGAAAAGAUCCUAAAUACCAGAACUAUGCAAUUCUUGGUCAUUCCUCUGAGUUUUGGCACUCUACUCUAUUUAUUUUGGAACUGCAAGCUUUCUUCAAGGGCAAAAAGCCUGUCAUGCUUUAACAUUCCCACACCAGCUGCUUUCUUUCAGCCACUCUAUAAUUUUCACAAUGGGAAUUUUAAGGACUGGGUUGGACCUAAUGAGGCUUGUAGCCAACUCAGAAGAGAAGAGGCCAGCAACUCAAACAGAGUGACUGCAGAUGGAGUUUUUUAUCUAAACACCCAUGAACUGAUUUCCCAGAUCUCCUUGAAACCUAUAGAAAGCUCAAGUCUGGUUGCUGCAGAAGAAAACUUUGUAUUUGCCUCAGGUUCAAGCCAGCAGUAUGUCCCCAGCAGGUAUGUAAGAGCAGAAGAGAUAGAAGUAAGACUGGGACUGUUGUUUGCACAAAACCAUGCUGAGGGUAGAGUUGGCCAGAAAAUCUCUGAAAUAAUUAAAGCCAACCUUGAGAGUCCUAGCAUGGGAAGAAAAUAUCCCUCUCCCUCACAGCAUGGAAAGGAUGAUUUCCUUGUGCUUCAGGAAUCUUUGGAGAUAGCAAAUGUGUCCUUCAGCAGUAGCGACUAUUGUACCUUGUGUGACAAUGAUACCACAGGAGGUUUGAUUCCUGCUGAACUAUUGAAGCUCUCCAGUGGUAACAGUCUUAUCAAACAUCAGAAUAAGCAGAGUGACCUUAUCUGAGGAAUACUGCCUGCAAAGAGCUUUGUGCUGUCCUCUCAUCUCCAAACACUGUCUUCACAAGCGGCUUCAAUGGUGACUGUGCAGAAAAUUACAAACGUAUCAUUCUUCAGUAAAUUCUCAGUUUCUGUACUUCAAAAGAAAAUUGUGACCAGCUCCUCUGGCUAGCAAAUACUACUGCCACAGGCCUGGCAAGGCCUGGCUCCAGCAACAUCUGCCAUCUCAGGAGACACAUCACCAUACCUUCCCUAACUCAACCUCCUAGCAGCAGAAGUCCAGCAACCUCCCAGCCUAAGGAAGCAGCAGCCUGUGAAAGCAAUCUUUUUUCCUGAGACUGCCAUUAGUCAAUGGCCAAAUAAAGCAAGAAAUCUUUUCCUGGUUAAGUAAGCAGAUAAGAGGAGAGCAAUUCCAGAGGCAAGAUAAGCAAGCUUGCUAAUUUUAGUUUACUUUUGUUAAAUUUGAUCACUGUGUAAAUGAAGGACAGAGAAUGUUGGUUAGACUUGGAGCAGCCGCAUCUUAACAAACAGCCCAAUGUGAACUCUCUCAGUUCCAGGUCCACAGCCCCAUCACUCCACCUUCUUUGUGUUGCUCUGCUCCUGAGUCAUGAAGCCUGUGCUACAGAAGUCUUUAUCAGCUCAGGCCUUCCCAGACAAGUGUAGCCCUUGAGUGACUCAGCAGAGUAAUAUGCUCUUUCUCAGAGCCAUCCACACGUUCACUCAUCUAGCCAGUAAAAACAGCAAAACCUAAAACCAGUCUGUUUAAUCUUUAGUAAUUUAAUCUAAUCUUCAUGUCUGUUCCUGCUAGAGGCAGAGCAAUUCUGAAGACAGAGGCACUAAUCAAGUACAAAGAUCUAAACUGUCAGUUCUAAAGCAAGAACCAUUAUGGUUGACAACAUACAUAUUUAUAUACUGAGGAUCAUAUUUGGAAAAGAGGAAGAGAUGUUCUUUGUAUGCUAGGAAAGGGAAUGUACACACAGGGCAUUUUGUUUGUUCUAACAAGCUGCAAGCAAAAGAGUAACUUGCAACCCAAAAUUACAGCACCUGGAUUGCUUCUUCCUUUGUUCUCCUCGAGCCAAGUUUAUUAACUAAAUCCAAAAUGCCAGUGUCAAAUCUUACCAUUUUGGGGCUGGUGAACAGAUUGAUGGGACCAACACACUGCCUAUUUUCAGCGUGUAUUGGAGUGCAGCACAGGAACUGCUGUGACAGCAUCAGCUCUGUGUCCUAGCACAUGUGCAGUGGCCCAGCAGUAUGGGAUAUUUGCCUGUCUAGAAGUGGUGUUUAUAUUCACAGGGUACUGCAGGCUAAACACAAUAUGGCCAAAUACAGGCAGUGCCAGAGCACAGAAGUAACAGUCAGUACAGUUUAAAUUAAAGCAAUGAGUUGUCUUUUGUAUUAUAUUCUUCUAACAUGGCUUGCCAAAUGCUGAAGCCACAGUUGUAAGCCAUAGGCAAGCCUAAACAAACCAUUAGUUUAAGAAAGGAAUUAGAGUAUCAAUGUGGGCAGCUCAGUGGAGACUUUUUCAUAAAAUACUUUUGCACUUAAAGGCAGACAAGGGAUAUUUUCAAAAUGAGAUUCACAGCAGUGGAAAAAAAAAUGAAGAAGGCUUUUGCAAAAAUCGGUAUCAUACCUCACCUGGUCUCAGUGUGCAGAGCUAGUUACUCCAUCUCUACAAUGAGAUGACAGUUCUCAGCAGCUUUUGCACAGGAGUUCCCACAGCUUGAUAUGUUGCAGGAGGUGCACUGGUGCCAAACACGGAGGUGAUACAACCUUUUAACACUUAAUACAAGUUUCUUUAUACAGUUAAAGAUCAUAAAUGCCAUUUAAAGACCACUGAUCCUGCCCCACAGCUUUCCUUGCCUUCAUUCCCUGAAAUCAGCACCGCUGUUACCACCAAACUGAGGAUUUUUUUCUGCUGGAGGUAAGGACGAAGUUAGUUGUUUAAUCAGCCUUCUGUGGGAGAGAGAAGACAGGAUGCAUUCUUCCCUGGCUAGGAAUUCUUGGACCAUCUCUAAGCAAAUAAAUGCAGUCAAUUCAGCAAUAUUUCAGGGGCUGUAGGGGAGUCACUCAACAACCUGAAUGGAACUUGUGUGCAUGAACUGAGGAAAGGUCUAGGGUUUCUUUAUGAUGUGCAUGUCUCAGAUCUGCUGGCACUUGUUAUAGUAAAAAAUUUUGCAUUCUUGCAAUAUAGUUGCUUGCAUUUGCAUACUGUGUAUUAAAAAUUAAUUUAUCUCUCUGAGUCUAAUACCCAGAGAGCUACAUGUGAUUUUGCACUUGUACAGUCAAUUACAGAAAUGCUUUCCCUAGCUUUAUGAUUCAGGGACUUGAGUGAGAGCACAGCUGGAAUACAUCUCUGUUGGGAGAACUGCUGUGUGGUCUGUCCUGGUGUCAUGGUCUGGAGUGCACCAAUAGGUCUCAACUGACUGGUCUCACCUGGGACUCCUACCCACAUCCUCUGUGCAGGGCUUGGGAGCUCCAUUUAACCUUCAUUCCAGUGACAUGCUUUGUCUUCAGUUCUGUCUCUGUCAUUCCCUGGAUGGCCUCUGGAGCUAGGCUUUAGGUAGGCUAUAUUUUGGAUGGGCCCCUUGGGUGGAUGUUGUAUUUUGUCUCCAGUUCUCUCUCUUGUCCCUGACUCCUGGCUGGACCCUGGACCUCUGCUGCAGCCUUGUUUCCAGCUCUGCCUCCUAGAGAGAUGUCGGACCUAUCUUAGAGCCCUCUCUCCAGGCCCACCUGCCGCUCCUGGACUCCCUGGUUGGCCCCUGAACCUGGAUCAUCUCCUCACUGUGCCCAGAGCGUCCCUGAACCGUUACCAGCUUCGGGCUCUGCCCCAUCCCCCCCCGCUGCGGGGCCGCCCCCGGCACCAGCCCGCGGGACAGACCCGCAGCAGGGCGGCCGAGCUCUCCGGACGGCUUGCUGCACACUUCUUCUGUUUUCCAAAGGUGUUCUUUCUUACAGUAAAACUUUAAAAAGCAGCAGCGAGAUGAUCUGUUGCCGCAGCUUCUGCUCCUUGCGCUGCCAAACGCAGCCGGGCGCUGCGGAGCAAGAACCUGCAGCAGCAGCAACCACGGCUGUAAAACACCAGUGCUUUGACCAGAGUAAUGGUUCGGGCGUCCCUACAGCUGGAGCAGGCUUCCCCAGGCUGUCUAAAUGUGAGGUCAUGGGACAGGAGAAGGUUAGCACCCAGGCCUGCAAGAGAAAUGUAUUUGCACUUGAAUUCGGUGCUUGGAAAAUCACAAAGACAUUUCUGGGUGACGCUGUUGAAGGUCGUACAACCUUGCAGAGCAGGAAGAUACUUGUAACUUUAGUAGGCAAAAUAAUAAUAUCCUUUUAUCAGGAAAGGAUAGGCAGAAGAUUUGUUGUGUUAUCUAAAAAAAAAAGUAAAUAAACUGGAAUAAUGGAAAGUAGAGGCUUAUGGACAAUAUAAAUGCUGAAUUAUGGUAAGGAAAGCAGGAGAAACUCUGCCAGGUAGCAUAAAGCCUGAGUGCAGAUCAGGGCUUCAACAGUGUCCCAGCGUCUGUGGCUACUGAGCACCCUGUCAUUCUGUCGGGUUUCACAUGUGAAUUCAAAUGGACCCUUCUGGCCAAAAGGCAAAUUCGUUUCUGUUUGAUCUAGCAAUUUUUUCCUCUCAACUAGACAGUAUUGCAAUGGUCCACACAGCUGAUUCAACAGUCAGAUUUAUGUUUAUUUAUGUCUUUG